AUGGGUUCUUGGAAAACUCUUCUCUUCUCCCCUUUUCUUCUGUGGAGUCAAAGGAAAGGGUUGAGGUUGAUGUUCCUGUUACUGACCCUGCAUCUGGGAAACUGUGUUGAUAAAGCAGAUGAUGAAGAUGAUGAGGAUUUAACAGUGAACAAAACUUGGGUCUUGGCACCAAAGAUUCAUGAAGGAGAUAUAACACAAAUUCUCAAUUCCUUGCUUCAAGGCUAUGACAAUAAACUUCGCCCAGAUAUAGGAGUGAGGCCCACAGUAAUUGAAACUGAUGUUUACGUAAACAGCAUUGGACCAGUUGAUCCCAUAAAUAUGGAAUACACAAUAGAUAUAAUUUUUGCCCAAACCUGGUUUGAUAGUCGUCUAAAAUUCAAUAGUACCAUGAAAGUGCUUAUGCUUAACAGUAAUAUGGUUGGAAAAAUUUGGAUUCCUGACACUUUCUUCAGAAACUCAAGAAAAUCUGAUGCUCAUUGGAUAACAACUCCUAAUCGUCUUCUUCGAAUUUGGAAUGAUGGACGAGUUCUAUAUACUCUAAGAUUGACAAUUAAUGCAGAAUGUUACCUUCAGCUUCAUAACUUUCCUAUGGAUGAACAUUCAUGUCCAUUGGAAUUUUCAAGUUAUGGAUACCCUAAAAAUGAAAUUGAGUAUAAGUGGAAAAAGCCUUCUGUAGAAGUGGCUGAUCCUAAAUACUGGAGAUUAUAUCAAUUUGCAUUUGUAGGGUUACGGAACACAACUGAAAUCUCUCACACAAUCUCUGGGGACUAUAUUAUCAUGACAAUUUUUUUUGACCUGAGCAGACGAAUGGGAUAUUUUACUAUUCAGACCUACAUUCCAUGUAUUCUGACAGUUGUUCUUUCUUGGGUGUCUUUUUGGAUCAAUAAAGAUGCAGUACCUGCAAGAACAUCACUGGGUAUCACUACAGUUCUGACUAUGACAACUCUGAGUACAAUUGCCAGGAAGUCCUUACCUAAGGUUUCUUAUGUGACUGCGAUGGAUCUCUUUGUUUCUGUUUGUUUCAUUUUUGUUUUUGCAGCUUUGAUGGAGUAUGGUACCUUGCAUUAUUUUACCAGCAACAAAAAAGUUAAGCCUACUAGAGAAAGAAAGCUAAAAAAUAAGGCUUCGAUGUCCUCUGGACUCCAUCCAGGAUCUACUCUCAUUCCAAUGAAUAGCCUUUCUCUGCCGCAAGAAGAUGAUUAUGGGUACCAGUGUUUGGAGGGCAAAGAUUGUGCCAGCUUCUUCUGUUGCUUUGAAGACUGCAGAACAGGAUCAUGGAGGGAAGGGAGGAUACAUAUACGCAUUGCCAAAAUUGAUUCCUAUUCUCGAAUAUUUUUCCCAACAGCUUUUGCCCUGUUCAAUCUGGUUUACUGGGUUAGCUAUCUUUACUUAUAA